CUCCGGGCCCGCACAGGCCGCGGCCCCCGCGCCGAAGCCGCCGGCCGCCACGGAAGCCGGGAGAUGGACUCGGUAGCCUUUGAGGAUGUGGCUGUGAACUUUACCCAGGAGGAAUGGGUUUUGCUGGAUCCUUCUCAGAAGAGACUGUACAGAGAUGUGAUGCAGGAGACCUUCUCUAACCUGGUCUCUGUAGGGAACAAAUGGGAGAACUUAAAUGUUGAAGAUCAGUACCAAAGCCUGGGGAGUGUUCCAAGAAGUCAUAUGGCAGAGAGACUCUGUGAAGAGAAAGGAAGUAGUCAAUUUGGAGACACUUUUAGUCAAACUCCAAAUCUGAAAUUGAACAAGAAAACUCUUAGUGGAGCAAAACCAUAUGAAUGCAAUGUGUGUGGAAAAGUCUAUAUGUGUCAUUCAUCUCUUAAUAGACACAUGAAAUCUCAUACUGAACACAAACCAUAUGGGUAUAACAAAUAUGGAGAAAAGUCAUAUGAAUGUAAAGAAUGUGGCAAAACCUUUAACUUUCGAAGUUCAUUUCGAAUACAUGAAAGGACUCACACUGGAGAGAAACCAUAUAAAUGUAAGCAGUGCGGGAAAGCUUUCAGUUGGCCCAGUUCCUUUCAGAUUCACGAAAGAACUCACACUGGAGAGAAACCUUACGAAUGUAAGGAAUGUGGAAAAGCCUUCAUUUAUCACACCACCUUUCGGGGACACAUGAGAAUGCAUACAGGAGAGAAACCAUAUAAGUGUAAAGAAUGUGGGAAAACCUUCAGUCACCCCAGUUCAUUUCGAAACCAUGAAAGAACCCACAGUGGAGAGAAACCCUAUGAGUGUAAACAAUGUGGAAAAGCCUUCAGAUAUUAUCAAACUUUCCAAAUACAUGAAAGGACUCACACUGGAGAGAAACCCUAUCAGUGUCAACAGUGCGGGAAAGCUCUCAGUUGUCCCACGUCCUUCCGAAGUCAUGAAAGGAUUCACACCGGAGAGAAACCCUACAAAUGUAGAAAAUGUGGUAAGGCCUUCAGUUUUCCUAGUUCAUUUCGAAAACAUGAAAGAAUUCAUACUGGAGAGAAGCCCUAUGACUGUAAGGAAUGCGGGAAGGCCUUCAUUUCUCUCCCAAGCUUUCGAAGACACAUGAUCAUGCACACUGGAAAUGGGCCUUACAAAUGCAAGCAGUGCGGGAAAGCCUUUGAUUGUCCCAGCUCGUUCCAAAUACACGAAAGGACUCACACCGGGGAGAAACCCUAUGAAUGUAAGCAGUGUGGCAAGGCCUUCAGCUGUUCCAGUUCCUUUCGAAUGCACGAAAGGACUCACACAGGAGAGAAACCUCACGAAUGUAAGCAGUGUGGCAAGGCCUUCAGCUGCUCCAGUUCUGUACGAAUACACGAAAGGACUCACACUGGGGAGAAACCCUAUCAGUGUAAGCAGUGUGGGAAAGCCUUCAGCUGUUCCAGUUCCUUUCGAAUGCACGAGAGAAUUCACACUGGGGAGAAACCUUAUGAGUGUAAGCAGUGUGGCAAGGCCUUCAGUUUUUCCAGUUCCUUUCGAAUGCACGAAAGGACUCACACCGGGGAGAAACCCUAUGAGUGUAAGCAGUGUGGCAAGGCCUUCAGCUGCUCCAGUUCCUUUCGAAUGCACGGAAGGACCCACACGGGAGAGAAACCUUACGAGUGUAAGCAGUGUGGCAAGGCCUUCAGCUGCUCCAGUUCCAUUCGAAUACAUGAAAGGACCCACACAGGAGAGAAGCCCUAUGAAUGUAAGCAGUGUGGCAAGGCCUUCACUUGUUCUAGCUCUGUCCGAAUGCACGAAAGAACUCACUCUGGACAGAAGCCCUAUGAAUGCAAACAGUGCCAUAAAGCCUUCAGUUGUGCCCGUUCCUUCCGCAUCCACGAAAGGACUCACACUGGGGAGAAACCGUAUGAAUGUCAGCUAUGUGGUAAGGCUUUCAAGUGUCCCCGAUCCUUUAGAGUCCAUGAAAGAACUCACGUUGGAGACAUUCUAUAAAUGUAAGCGAUGUGGUAACCUCCAGUUCUCCCAGUGUACUCGGAAGCCGUACUCACACUGGAGAGCAACUUUUUGAAUAUAAGCGAUGUGCUCAAGUCUUCCAUUGGCUCACAUCCUGACCAAACUUUUGUUUUACUGGGUAGGAACAAAAGUGAGAAAAUACAGAAGUUUUUAAUUUUAACAAUUUUCGUGGUACUUCUUUUCCUGUGAACUUCAAACUCAGGGGGUAACUUCUGCUAGAGAGAGGUACUGUGGGAAAGCCUGGUACAAAGUGAUUCAUGUACAUUCCAUAAAAGGCAUAAUAUAACAAAAAGUUGUAAAUGCAUUAUUCCUAUAAGUUCAUCAUUUCUUAAGAAAUGUAAUUAGAAUAUGGAUUUCUAUCUACAUUUGCAAACUUACAGUGCCAUGAGAAGAUUCUAGAACCCUCGUUAACCAGUAGUACACAGUUUAAUAGGCAGUUUGAUUUUUGGUUACAUCGUUUACUACAGUUUUCUUUCCAUCCUGAAGUUUGUUGGAUUUAUGGGUGGACUGAAGUGUAUUUCUAAUAUGCAAGUAGAUUGAAUUUUUAUGUAGUUUUUAAAUUGUCCUGCAGGGAACCACUGUAAAAUAGCACUGGUCAUUAGUGGGAUUUCCUUUGUCACCUUGUGUGAUACGUGCUCCAUGUCCUUCACUCAUCAUGUGUGUUCCAGUUUUCUUUGUACCUGAAACAGUCUUACUUUGUGGAGGGCAUAGGGUUUGUAUUCUGUUUUCAGUGCUACAAUAUAGUUGAUACAUUUGUGAUUAUGCAAAAUUGAUUAUAUUCUCCAGUUUGACUUCCUUUGAUCUUUUGCUCUUUGCUGUUUAUCAUUCUUUCUGGCUAGAAUUUGGAUAAUAGUUACAGAGUUGUUACACAACGAUAUAAACCACAUUGGGAAAUGUCUUUCUUGUAUUGUGUCAACAUGGAUGAAUGUUGUGACCUGUGUUUUUCUACAGUAUGUCUCUGUGGUUCCAUGUUAGAAUUCACUGAUGGCUGCUUGCAGAGGAGUAUACAAGGUAGAAGUGAAGACAAGAUGUUAGACUCUG